AUGAGUCAACAGCAAACAGAAAAAACAGAGGAAAAGAGACAUUGUGCAUACUGCUUAAAAGCAAUAUCAGGUGACGAGGUUAAAAAGUGUGCAGGAUGUAUGCGUCGUGCCUAUUGUGGACGUGAUUGCCAAGUAGGUGAUUGGGGAAACAAAGGACAGUCACACAAGACAUGGUGCAAGGACAAGUUGUGCGAGGAAGAUAUAGACUGGGAGGUGCGCGAGACUCAAGGCAAAGGCCUGGGUGUUUUUGCCAAGCGCAUGCUGCCCAAACACACCAAGAUUAUGGUAGACCGCGGCUAUAGAACCAUCAAAGAGACUCCACUCGAUUUCAUCAAUUCGUUAAUGCCCCACGGCGGCACGUUACAGGCCAAGUGGGACCUCAACAGCUUCUUUACACCAGAGGGUGGCGACAACCUCGGUAUUCGUUUGGCACGUGUCAACCACGACUGUCGCAACAACGCCACCAACAAGUACGUCACUGAACUCAACUCGUUUGUUUUGAUUGCCAUUAAAGACAUUGCAGCUGGCGAGGAAAUCACCAUCCAAUACUACUUUUACAAUGAUUUCUCGACCAUCAAACAAGUGCGUGACAUUAGAGAAUCAAUCAUCAAACCAAAGUGGGAUGUUGUCUGCGACAGCACCUGUGUCUGUAAAGAUGCUGCUGUAGUCGAUCGUAUUGAAAAGGCACAUCAACUCGAUGCCUCCAUCCCAACCAUGUCGUUGCGAACUGAAGCCGAUGUACGCAAGGCAUUACAAGCUGUAGAUAACCUCAUUGCAAUGGGUGAAGAUCUAUCAUCUGGUAUCAUGGCACUUUCACGUACCUACUAUGAUGGUUUCCAACUCUCCAUUACCAACCAAAAGACAUUCCCACUUCACACCAAAUACAUUGAAAAAUACCUAGAGGCUGUUGAAAUUGUCGAUUCUAAACAUUCAAAUACAUACGCUGAAGCUCUUCGUUAUAAAACUUUCCCAGAAUCACAUAGAAAUCAUUUUUCAAAAUAA